AUGAAGGGCAACUGCGGCAAGAAGAGCGUCUUUAGCCCCGCCUUGCCAUGCUCGGUGGACGAGAAGGCAUCUGCACCGCAAGAACAGAGCUUUCGGGAUCUUCUCGUCGCUACCUGCGGCUCCGAAUUUGCCCAAGGUGCGGUGUGCUGCACGCAAGAGCAGGUCGAGAGUCUCUCUGCUAAUCUGCAGCAAGCGGAGCCGUUGAUCUCCUCGUGUCCGGCCUGUCGCAACAAUUUUCGCUCGCUCUUCUGUUCCUUCACUUGCUCUCCCGAUCAAUCUCGGUUUGUCGACGUUACUGAAACGCAGCAAGUGACGGGAAGCGAUGGCAAGCCGUCCGAAGCCGUCAAAACGGUCAACUACUACAUCGGUGAGCAGUGGAAGCAGAAGUUCUUUGACAGCUGCAAGAACGUCAAGUUCGGAGCCAGCAAUGGAUUUGCCAUGGACCUGAUUGGCGGUGGCGCUCAGACUCCCAACGCCUUCCUCAAAUUCCUGGGUGAUGAAAGGCCAUUGCUCGGUAGUCCCUUCCAGAUUAACUUUCCCGAUCAAACUUCGGAUCACAUGCUCGAGAUGGCGUCUGCGUCGCAAGCCCGCCUUCGAAAUGAAUCGCUUGUACCUCCCAUUCCUUUCGACACGAAUCCGAGGCAAUGCGGCGAUACCGACCUGUUGUCACGAUGUGCUUGCGUCGAUUGUCCAGACACUUGCACUGCUCUUCCGGAGCUACCGCCCUCCAAUCAACCUGGCUCUACUUGCUCGGUAGGAUCCAUCUCCUGCUUCACCUUUUCGAUUCUUCUCAUCUAUCUGCUGCUCGUGCUGCUCUUAUGGUUCUGGCGACCCAUCCAGAAGUUCGUGCGAGGUCGUCGCGGAGGGAUUGCUCUGCCGCAUCGCACCAGCGGUCUCAGCCUCUUUAGCCAGUCGAGCGGCUUCGAGCGCGUCCGCAUGGGCUCCGAGGACUCGCUCGACGGAGGUGAAAGCAGACCUCAGCCCAGCCAACCAAACGCAAGCAGUCUUGUUGGAGCAAGGGGACUCGGACAUUUCGGUGAAGAGAGCUCUGCGAGUUCCGUUCCGGAUGGCACCUAUCGCGGCAUUGGGCUGGAGCGUAACGACAAUCUUUCGGCACUUGGUGCGCUUCAACCGCGCAAAUACGCUCUCAAUCAAAUCCUGACGCGCUCCUUUUACCGCCUCGGUCUUCUGUGCGCCAGCCAUCCCUGGUUGACAUUCCUUGUAGCGGCAAUGUUCGUCGGUGUUACCAACAUCGGCUGGAAGCACUUCGAGGUUGAAGUGGAUCCGGUCCGUCUUUGGGUGGCACCUGGCUCGACGGCCAAGGUACAGAAGGACAUUUUCGAUCAAGAGUUCGGUCCUUUCUACAGGCCGCAACAAGUCUUCCUCAUGGAUCAGCAUUCGUAUUCAGACCUUACCACGUUGCGACACAAUUCCUCCUCCGCCUUGUUGGAACUUCUGCCGCCCGCUUUGUCUUGGGAUCGGCUUAUAUGGCUCGCUGACCUGGAGAAGGAAGUGCGCGCACUCAAGUCGCCUUCGGGAAUCACAUUGCAGGAUGUCUGCCUUGCUCCCGCUGGUCCAGGCACACCGUGUGUGGUGCAGAGUAUUCUAGGCUACUUCCAGGACGACCCAGUUGGCUACGGACUCGAUGCGGACAGCUGGGCUCAAGCUCUCGAUCAGUGUGGCAGCAAUCCUGCAGAAUGCUUGCCCUCGUUCGGACAGCCGCUCAAACCCAACAUCGUGCUGGGCGGUUUGCCGGACCAUGCUUCACCCAGCCAGGCUCGGUCUGCUGUUGUUACUUACGUCCUCAACAAUAGCCUGAACACGACUCUGCUCAAAUCGGCCGAAGAAUGGGAACGGGAGCUGCUCAGUCUGCUUCAAAAAGUGGCUGCUUCCUCGCCGCAUUCCUCACAAGCGGAGGACCGGGCUGUAGACUCUCAUCCGCUCUCGGUUCGACGCGAAGAGCUUGGGAUCCAAAUCGCCUUCAGCACAGGAGUCAGUCUUGAGACCGAGAUUGGAAGUAGCAGCAACACCGACGUUGGCGUCGUAGUACUCUCUUAUCUGACCAUGUUUAUCUAUGUGGCACUCACGCUCGGAGGGAGGAGCUAUAGGCAGUACGAGCUCGAGGACGACAAUGAACAAGACGCGCCCAUCGCGGAACCAGGAUCCUAUCCGCGGAUCAAUUCAGCUUCGACGUACACCAAUGAUCGCAGGUUGCGACUCUUACGGACCUUCAGCCGUCGCUGCCGAUCUCUUGUCAAUACCUACUGCGUGUCAUCCAAAUUCACCUUGGGACUCUUUGGUAUUGUCAUCGUACUCUGCUCGGUCUCGUGCGCCGUGGGUAUAUUCAGUGCGAUGGGUGUCAAAGUCACGCUGAUCAUCGCCGAGGUCAUACCGUUCAUGCUACUCGCCGUUGGCGUCGACAAUAUCUUCUUGCUCUGCAACGAGAUGGACCGUCAAACUCAGCAGACAUCGUCCGAGGCGAGCCUGACCCAACCUGAUCCACUGACGGCUUCAGGUGCACCAUCAUUGGGUGCACCAAGUCAUCGAGCGCUUUCACCCACCGAUGAACUGGAAGCUCGAGGGGAUCUCUUCAUGGACGGCCGCGUCUCAGCUAGUCGACCUGGGCAGGCUUCGAUCGAAGAGCGGGCAGCGCGCUCCCUGGCUCGCGUCGGACCAUCAAUCCUUCUCAGUGCCACCACUCAGAUUGUUGCAUUCCUGCUCGGUGCUGUGGUGCCCAUGCCCGCUGUCAGAAACUUUGCGCUUUACGCAGCGGGAAGCAUGCUGAUCGUCGCAGUACUGCACUGCACUGUAUUCAUCGCAGCAAUGACGCUGGAUGCGCAUCGCGUUGAGGGCGGACGCAUCGAUUGUCUUCCGUGCCUUAAGGCGGCGCCUCGACAAAACCGCAUCCAGCUGCCCAUGGACCCGACCAGCGGGCCCAAAGAGGGAUCACUGGACUCCUUCAUCCGUUACCGCUUUGCUCCCACAUUGCUUCGGUCGAAUGUCAAGCGACUGGUCGUCGUAGCGUUUGGCGCUAUUGCCGUAAUCAGUUCGGUCGGAGUCCGAAAAAUCGAGAUGGGCCUGGACCAACGCCUGGCUCUUCCAUCCAAGUCCUACCUGAGGCAAUACUUUGACGCCAUCGACGUCUUCCUCGAUGUCGGUCCUCCUCUGUACUUUGUUGCCGCCGGCGAAGAGGUAUCUGCCCGACAAGGGCAGAGAGAUCUCUGUGGAAGAUUCACUACAUGCGAGCCCUUGUCGUUGGCCAACACACUGGAAGGCGAGCGUCAGAGACCCGAAGUUUCGUGGAUCGCCGAGCCUGCCAGCAGCUGGAUCGACGAUUUCCUCCAAUGGCUCAAUCCUAUCCUCGAUGGCUGCUGUCGCGUCAAAGUCUCGGAUCCCACCGUGUUCUGCGGGCCCCGCGACAGUCCUUUCUCGUGCCAGCCGUGCUUCGAAGGUCGAGACCCUCCAUGGAACAUCACGAUGGAUGGACUUCCGGAAGGCGAAGAGUUCUACCGCUACCUCCGCAAAUGGCUCGAAAGUCCAACGGAUCAAGAGUGUCCCCUCGGCGGUCAAGCAGCGUACUCUUCGGCGCUCAGCAUCGUGGCUGACCCGGAUACCGGCAAGGAGAGCGUACGCUCGUCGCACUUCCGAACAUACUUUGCGCCGCUGAGAUCGCAAACGGACUUCAUCAGUGCACUGGAACAGUCGCAGCGUAUCGCGGAUGACAUCUCUAACCGCGUCGGCUACAGAGUCUUCCCUUACAGCCUCUUCUUCAUCUUCUUCGAGCAGUACACGUACCUACUCUCGAUGGCCGUGCAGGUGCUAGGCUCAGCUGCAAUUGCCAUCUUUGCCAUCAACACGGUCCUGCUUGGCAGCUGGCGUACGGGCGCGGUGGUGACGCUGAGCGUGGCAAGUGCCGUCUUCCUUGUCGCUGGAGCCAUGGGCUUCUGGGGCAUCCAGUUCAAUGCGCUGACUUUGGUCAACUUGAGCGUGUGUGCAGCGAUCGGCGUCGAAUUCUGCGCUCACAUCGCUCGUGCCUUCAUGCGUGCUCCAGGAGCUCUGCCGCGAUCACAUCCCAUGUCUCAAAAGGAGAGGGACGAGAGAGCCUGGCUUGCGCUCACCGAUGUGGGUGGAGCCGUGGUCAACGGCAUUUUCUCGACCAAACUGAUCGGAGUCGGCGUGCUCAUCUUUACCAAGUCGGACCUGCUCAAGCUGUAUUAUGCAAAGACGUGGCUUUGUCUGAUCGUAGGUGGACUUCUCCACGGCUUGCUUCUGCUGCCGGUGCUACUCAGUUGGCUUGGAGGACGGGGAUGGUCGAGCGGUGAAGAUGAGUCGGACGUCAAGCGUCGCCUGAAUCGAGCGGGAUCAGAAUAUCGCCCCAUGAUGGCCUCGGAAGCAGAUGCCAGUGACGAAGACGAGGAUCUCUGA